AUGGGUAAGAAAAAGUCAAAUUCAGCCAAUGCUGCUCAGGCUUUGGAAUCAUCAGUAGCACCAAUUCUUGAAAUACAAUAUAAAGAUCCAUUGUUUACAGUUGCAGCACAUCCCACCAGACCAAUAAUCAUUUCCGGGUUAGGCACAGGACAUGUGUAUUGCAACACUUACGAUGCAUCUAGAUUAGAAGGAAUCCUGGAAGCCAGAAGACAAAAAGUGGCUGAACUUGACAAACGUGCUUAUGCAGAGGGUAAAAUCCCCCAUGUGACAAAAUCAGUUUCACAGCUGAAGACCAAAUGGUGGACAGUCGUUGAAGAUAAUACUGAAAUUCCAACCGAUAAAACUGAAAUUUUAACAAAUUGGAAAACAAAGAGACACAAGGGAUCUUGUCGGCAUGCCAUUUUUGACCCAAGAAGCAAUUCAUUGGGGGAAUUUGUGUAUACGUGUGGAACGGACAAUUUUAUCAAAAAAGCAGAUACCGAACUGGGCAAAGUUGUUGGAAAAGUUGAUGUCACCUCCGACUAUACCAACUCAAAGGACAAAAUUACCAAGUUGUGCCAUUCCACAACUCACCCAUUCUUGCUUACAGGUACCGAAGACGGACAUGUAUUGGUUUAUGAUUCCUCCGACUUAUCCUCGAAUAAACUAAAGUUCAAAGUUAAUCAAGUACACGAUGACUCUAUUAAUCACAUUUUGAUGAUGCCACAGUCCCCAUACCACUACCUCACACUCGGAUCAACCACAUUAUCUCACAUUGAUAUCAGAAAAGGAAUCAUUACACAAUCAGAUGAUCAAGAAGACGAAUUGUUGGCUAUGUCAUAUACGACUGAAGAGUUGAGUGAAGGUAAAACUGACACUGUGUUGGUAAGCCAUGGAGAAGGGAUUGUUACAGUUUGGAAAGAUUCCAAAAACAAACUCAUGGAUCAAUUGUCGCGAAUUAAAAUCAACAAGACUGCUUCUAUUGACACAAUAAUGCCUACAAUGAACAACGAUUCAGAGGAGUUGGCACAUUCUGUUUGGUGUGGGGAUAGUGAAGGUUUACUUCAUCGUGUUGAUUAUAAACAAGGUAAAGUCGUUGAAACUCGUGUGCACUCAUCCAGGCGUGGGAAAUAUGGUGCUUAUGAUGAAGUGGCAGUUUUGGACAUUGACUGUGAGUAUCGAUUGAUCAGUGCUGGAAUGGAUAGCUUGAAAUUAUGGUCGAAUAAAGUGGCUGAAGAAGAAGAAGAAGAAGAUGAUGAUGAUGAAGAAAAUGAUGUUGGAGAAGAUAGUGAUGAUGAAGUUGAUAAUAGUAUUGAGGAUGAACAUGGAGUCUCCGUCAGUGAUGCGUCUGAUUUCAGUAAUGUAUCCGACUCUGAUUCAGACAAUGACAGUGAGGAAGGGGAGGAAGGGAAUGAUGCAGGAGAUGGACAACCUGAGAGUGAUGGUGAUGGUGAUGGUGAUGGUGAUGGUGAUGGUGAUGGUGAUGGUGAUGGUGAUGGUGAUGGUGAUGGUGAUGAUGGUACUAAAAAUCCUCUUCCGGCGUAUAAGCGUAAGAGGAGAGACUUCUCAGAAGUGAUAGCUAAACCCAAAGUUAAAGCUAUCGACAUCAAUAAGCUUACCAAAAUGGAAGGGGAUGAGAAUGAUACAUCCGAGCCACAAUCGAAGAAGCAAAAAAUCAAAGAAAAAAAACUCACCACAAAACAACUAAGAAACAUGCAAAAACAUGAACAUGGUAUUAGAAGGUUUGAGGGACUAUAA